AUGGAGAGGAAGAGCAGCGAAGAUUGCGGCGUCAAUCAAGAUGGAGAGAAUGAACCCUCCGUAACCGAGCCUUCCGGCAUCUCAGACGACAUCGAGAGCCUUCAACAGGCAAGUGAACCGCCAAGCACAGAAACAGGCACCGACACGGCUUCAAUCAUCACGACUGAGGGCUCUCAAAGUUUUGAUUUGUCUCGUACCGAAGCCACCGAGGCUGUCACAGACAGCGAUCUUGUCGCCGCCACAGGCAACCUCAAGAUCCGAUCCAAACGCACCGAGAGACUUAAGCGCAAGCUGCUCAAGAAGUCAUCCAAGAAAUCCAACACCGCUUCUGUUCACCUUCUCGACCUACCAAACGAGGUUCUCAUUGAUGUCGUACUCUACCUCCUACCGAGCGACAUCUUCAGGCUCUCCCGCACUUGCCACGAGAUCCACCAGCUUGUCAAGCAUAACGAGUCGUUUCUCGCCAAAGAGAUCAUCGCCGCACGGUAUCCAAUUCUCGAGAAAUGCUUCCGUCUCCCAAUCCCUCUGAAGGAAGUCGACCCCGCGAUCCACAGCCGCCUCCAGGCCCCCCACAGACAAAACGUUCUCCUCAUCCACAGCAAAUACCAGCACAUCCCCGCCGCCAACUGCUUCCACAUCUGCACCUGCCUCACCUGCGUCAUACGAUGGAACUCACUCUGCAACGCUGUCGACUUCUCGUACUGGCAAACGCACCUCGAGAAGGGCGACCCGAUCCCCAUGAUGCCCCGCCGUAACACCACGCCUGAGUGGAAUCAGCUCCUCGUCGCCAAGACCAACGACAUCGUCUCCAGGGCUCUGACCUCUCCUCUUCUCCAUGCGUGUAUACUGGAAGGUCACCUCAAGAACACGAUCCUGGCCAUCAAGCGCCAGAGUCAGAAUAAGGGCAAUCAGAGACGACAUUUCCGGAUGACGCAAGACGACGCCAACUCCCAGACGGACGAGUUUCUCAGUCGAGAUGGGCCUGUUACCAUUGACUUACCUUUCCAUCGUGACAACUAUUACAUGUUGGAGGCCUUCAUGCCCAGCCGCACCAGGCUUAAGGAGGAGAACCGAUGGGCUUACAUGCCGGCUGAUGGGCAUGAUCGAGACCUGGCGUGGGUGGCUGGACAGGGUCGCAAGUGA